AUGGGAGACUUAAAUGGAUUUGAUUUAGAAAGUAUUUUAAAAGGAUCAACCUCUGAAAAAAUAUAUAAGGAUUUUAAAAAUACAGUUUCCAGUGAAGACUACAAAAAACAUUGCAAAGCUAUAUUUAAUUCACCUAAAGAAAACACAAAAUUAAAGGAUCUGUGUUACAAAUACGAAAGAAAUAUUAAAGAAUUAUCUAAUGAACAAGAUAAAGUUCGGGCAAGAGAUCGUUGUUAUCACUCCAUGUGUUGGAUAUUUGAUGAAAUAAGAAAAUUUAUCAGAUCUAAUUCGUAUAAUUUUAAUCAUUUGGAUGUUCUUAAAAAAUUUCAUGAUGUAGAAAAACGUAUUAUUAACGAUAUAAAUAGUACAUCAGAUGCAAAUGAUAAAUAUUUAUGCCGUUCUCAUUUUACAUAUCAUGAUUUGGAAGAGAGGAAAAAUGUGAAAUAUAUGCAUGAUUAUAUUAAAAAUUAUGUCCAAAUUAAACAAAAUAUAAUUUCUGGUAAGAACAAUUGCGGGAUAUAUAGAAAAUACGUUGAAUUUAUUAAAAUAUUAUACAAAAAGCAUAAAGAGGAAUGUUGUAAACAUUGGAACACAGAAUGUCAUAAGUAUUUUAGUUGUGACCCAUUUUAUGAUCCAGAUAAUCUUUUUCCUGCAUUAGAAAGUUGUGGAAAUGGGAAAUCCAUAGGUAUGAGAGGUAUGGGGGGUGCAUCUGUGGGUAAAAUGUCUAAAAAUAGUUCUGAGGAUUCCGAAAAAGAAAUUAAUAUGAAAAUUAAAAAUGUAAGGUGUGUUGCUUAUAAGUACGAAGAUUAUGGAUUUCUUUCAUGUUUUGACACACCAAUAACCCACAAUGUUACAAUUAAAGGUAAUGAAAAGUUAGCUUCGAAACCUAUAAAUGACACAAACAUUGCAUCAAGAAGCAGGGGAUUAGAAUUUCUCACUAGAUCAACAUUAGGAAUACCAAGAAAAGUAUAUAAGGUUGAAAAAGAAGGAGAUGUGAAAAAAAAGGAGUCGGACACAUUUAAUAUUAUUAAGGGAAUGAAAAAUUCAAGAUGUAAAAUUAUUCGUGAAGACAAAACAAAUGGUAUCUUAGAAUUGAAUUGUUCUGAAAAUUCAUCUACUCCAAAUUCUCAUGUAGAAACUGGUCAGGGAGAUUUAGGACAAAGCACGGAUACACCAUUGACACCAAAUGAAGAUAAAAAAAAAACUGAUGAAACACUAGUAUGGAAAAGAUUAAAACAAUCUAAUGAAGAAGCUUGUAAUACUGAUUUAUUAGGAUUCUGUAUUGACGCCCAAAAUGCAAAUAGAAAUAAAGCGAGGGAAGAGAAAAUAGAAUACAAAAGUUCAUCUUUGGAAAAUGAAAUUCAAUAUAAUAGUGAUACAAGUCAUUUCACCAAUUCUGAAAUGGAAAAUAGUGUUUUAAGUUCUCUAUAUACCAAAAUAGGUCUAGUCUCCGCUCUUGUUCUUGGAUCGUUUCUCGUUUUUCUUAUGUAUUAUAAGUACACUCCAGUUGGAUUAUGGAUGGGUAGAAAAAAAGUAAAUAAAAGAGCGAAUACCUAUAAUCAUCAUGAAGACUAUAGAAGGAAUAUAUCCAAUCACGAAGCAAAUGAUAUAAAUAUAAGUAUGCCGAAAAAAAGAGUACGCAUAGCUUAUAACCCCGUUUGA